CCAUUGGGUUUUUUUCCCGAAAGUCUAAAUGGCCCCACUUCAAGCCGGUUAAUAAGUUUAGUAGUAUUUUGUUUUAAGCGGCUUAAUAUGGGUGAUUGGGCUAAAAAAGCAGAAGACCAGGAAGUCUCUAAGCUGGUCGACCAGCUCAACAUUGAGUCGGGUAGUCCUUAUAGUCAGAACAACAAAUCGUCAGAUAGUAAUUUACCAGAUCCAAACAGUGGCGAGGAUGGCGAACCAGACGUCGCUGAUCCGGCUGAAACAAGUCUACUAAUAAAGAUUUUGGGAAAGGGUCUGGUAAACACUAAGCUAUCGCUUGACAUACAACAAAAAAAUCCGAAUUCACCAUUGCAUUCUAUCAAAACUUUUGAGGCCCUUCAUCUCAAAGCUUCCCUUUUAAAAGGAAUUUAUGCAAUGGGAUUUAAUACUCCAUCGAAAAUUCAAGAAACAGCCUUGCCAACUCUUCUUGCGGAUCCACCACAAAAUAUGAUUGCGCAGAGUCAGUCUGGAACAGGCAAAACAGCUGCAUUUGUCUUGGCUAUGCUUAGCCGAGUAAACAUUGGUUUAAAUCAUCCUCAGGUUCUUUGCUUAUCCCCUACAUACGAGUUGGCAAUUCAAACUGGUGAAGUAGCUGCACGUAUGGGGCAGUUCUGUCCGGACAUAAAGCUGAGAUUUGCCGUCCGAGGUGAGGAAGUUGAUCGCAGUAAGAAAAUUGAAGAACACAUUCUCAUUGGGACGCCGGGAAAACUUCUAGACUGGGGCUUAAAAUUUCGUCUUUUCGAUAUGAAAAAAAUUACCGUUUUUGUAUUAGAUGAAGCAGAUGUUAUGAUAGCCACCCAAGGUCAUCAUGAUCAAUGUAUUCGAAUACACAAAAUGUUGAGGCCUGAGUGCCAAAUGUUAUUUUUCUCUGCAACUUAUGAUAAAGAAGUUAUGGACUUUGCUCGACUAAUUGUUGCAGAUCCUACUAUAAUAAGGUUAAUGAGAGAGGAAGAAUCCCUGGAUAAUAUAAAACAAUAUUAUGUCAAAUGCAAAAAUGAGGAUAACAAAUAUAAUGCAAUUCAAAAUAUCUACGGAUGCAUAAGCAUUGGGCAAGCCAUUAUAUUUUGCCAUACACGUAGAACUGCUGCUUGGCUUGCAGCGAAAAUGACAUCGGACGGUCAUUCUGUUGCUGUGCUUUCUGGUGAUCUGACUGUUGAACAGAGACUUGCUGUCUUAGACCGGUUCCGUUCUGGACUUGAAAAAGUAUUAAUAACAACAAAUGUUUUAUCAAGAGGCAUUGACAUUGAGCAAGUUACAAUUGUCGUCAAUUUUGAUUUGCCGGUUGACGUUAGAGGCAACGCUGACUGUGAAACUUACCUACAUCGAAUUGGCCGCACCGGAAGGUUUGGAAAGUCUGGAAUUGCUAUCAAUCUUAUAACGGAUGAGAAAUCUAUGAAGGUGUGCACGGAUAUCGAAAAACACUUUAAAAAGAAAAUAGAAAUAUUGAAUACGGAUAGUGCCGAUGACAUUGAAAAAAUUGGCACAUAGUCUUAUUGUUAUAAUCAAAAUAAAAAUGCAUUUCAAUA